GUCUGUCCGGCGCUCUUCCCUCAGCGGGACUCUGCUGUGAACCGGCCGGUAACAGCCGCACUUCACCGACUACAACAGCAUCCUCUUUGCAGUGUAAUAGCAGGUUGGACUCCUUCUGCCUUCAGGUUGAUGGUGACAGACUAUGAACACGCACUCAGCCCUGCAGGCAACUAAAACCUCAACUCGGCUUACUGUCCCUCCAGAUCCAAGAUCAUCAUCCAGCAGCCAGCCCACCUUCAGAGAUAAUGGACGUAAACCCCAACAAGGAGAGGAAGAAAGCCUCCUGGACCACUUCACAUAAAGCUCCUUCCCUCUAGAUGCUACUGAGCCAUCUCAUGGCUGGGAUUCUGCAGCUACCUGUUAAUGUGCUGACAAAUGUUUGCUGAAACUGUCCCCCUGAAGGAGCAUUGAAAAAAGACGAGGACGCAGUCUUGGCUGUCACCUGAGUGCAGUUUGUGUGUCUGCAGCUAGGCUUGUAAUCAUGGGGAAAGAACAGGAUCUGCUGGUGGCAGUGAAGAGUGGAGAUCUUUUGGUGGCUCACAAACUUCUCUCCAAAGUCAAGUGCAACAAAACCAAGUUGCUGGGCUCCACCAAGAGACUCAACAUCAACUACCAAGACCCAGAUGGCUUCUCGGCGCUGCACCAUGCUGCCCUGACAGGCACCACAGAGCUGCUGUCUCUGCUGCUGGAGGCCCAGGCCACAGUGGAUAUCAAGGACAUCAACGGCAUGCGUCCACUACACUACGCAGCAUGGCAGGGUAAAGCCGAUUCUGUCUUAUUGUUGCUAAGAGCCGGUGCUUCAGUCAACUCCCCCUCCCAUGAUGGACAGAUACCACUACAUCUCUCUGCACAGUAUGGACACUAUGAGGUGUCUGAGAUGUUGCUGCAGCACCAGUCCAAUUCCUGCCUCAUGAAUAAGGCGAAGAAGACGCCACUAGAUUUGGCCUGUGAGUUUGGCAGACUAAAGGUGGCUCAGUUGCUGCUGAGCAGUAAUAUGGUGGCAGCGCUGUUAGAAGGAGAGGGAGGGAAUGACUGUCUGGACUCUCCCUCCACCACCCCUCUUCACCUGGCAGCUAGGAAUGGACACAAAGACAUCAUCAAGUUGCUGCUCAAAGCUGGCAUUGACAUCAACCGAGCCACCAAAGCGGGGACAUCUCUCCACGAGGCUGCCCUCUAUGGCAAAACAGAAGUAGUGCGGCUGUUGCUUGAUGCGGGCAUCAACGUGGACAUGCGCAACACGUACAACCAAACAGCUCUGGACAUCGUCAACCAAUUCACCACCUCCACAGCCAGCAGAGAGAUCAAACAGCUUCUCAGAGAGGCAUCAAGUUCUCUCCAAGUCAGAGCAGUGAAGGACUACUGGAAUCUCCAUGACCCUACCGCACUUAACCUUCGGGCUGGAGAUCUUAUUAUGGUCCUGGAGCAGCACUCAGACGGCCGGUGGAAAGGUCACAUUCAUGACACUCAGCGGGGGACAGACCGGGUGGGCUUCUUCCCUCCCUCGGUGGUGGAGGUUCUCAGCAGAAGAGCAGGGGGCACUCUCUCCCGCCAAGCCUCAAUGCCUUGCCCACGACCGCACUUUGCAUCCAGAGCUCCUCCCUCAAGCCAUGGCCCCGCCCCUCAGACUGACGAUUCAUACAUCCUUGGCUAUGAUCCUGCAGGUGCUCCAGCAGGCAGUCAGCUCUCAGCCCCAGCUAGUCCUGCUAGCCCCACUCAGGACAUUUGGGUCCUCAGGAGCUCUCCCACUGGUGACAGAAACAGUGUCGGCAGUGCUGGCAGUGUGGGCAGCAGUCGCAGCGCUGGUAGCGGCCAGAGCUCAGAGAGUGGCCACAAACAGAAUGGGACUCAGAAUCGCCACAACACUGACACUGGCAAGCUGGCUCCCUCUGCUGGUGAAUCAGGAGACCACCCUCAUGUUACAGGAGCAGACCACAGCAAACAGGUUGAUGGGUCCACAGGUGGUUCCCGUCGCCAGAUCAAUGGCACUCCUCAGAAAGGUUUUGUGAGACCAGAACAACUUCUAGAGGGCAAGGACUCUGAAGCCAUCUACCAGUGGUUGUGCGAGUUUCAACUGGAGCAGUACACUUCCAACUUCAUCAGCGCAGGGUAUGAUGUACCCACUAUCAGCAGGAUGACCCCUGAGGAUCUCACAGCUAUAGGAGUGACCAAACCAGGCCACAGAAAGAAGAUCUCGAUGGAAAUUGGCAAGCUGAGCAUCCCUGAGUGGCUGCCAGAUUACAUUCCUUCUGACCUGGGGGAGUGGCUAAGUGUGAUUGGAUUGCCUCAGUACCAGAAGAGAUUGUGUGACAAUGGCUACGACUCCAUUUCGAUUGUUAAAGACAUCACCUGGGAGGACUUGCAGGAGAUAGGCAUCACUAAACUGGGCCAUCAAAAGAAGUUAAUGUUAGCAGUGAAGAGACUGUGUGACCUGCAGCGCUCUCGUAACCAUGCCGACAGAACUGGAGGUGGUACUCUCAGAAGAAAGCCUCCCGCUGCUCUUGAGCUGGUGACCAUUGAGCACACGCCAACACACAAUGUGCACACUCACACGCGCUCGGAUGCUCCAUCCAAUGACUGCUGCCCCUCCCCUUGCACACCUAGAGCCCUUCUUUCAUUUCAGGACAGCGAGCUGAGUGCCGAGCUGCAGAGCGCUAUGAUGGGCAAGGUGGGGGGAGGAGCCACCGAGGCGUUUGGCAUCAGAGGUGUGUCCUCUGCUGCAGUUUUAACUGCCAUGUCAGUCAGUCAAGAGAGCAUUAGCGUGCGUUCACGGGGCUCAGGGAAUUCUGGAAAUUCAAGUUCAGGAUAUUCUCAGGAUCACCAAGGCCCAUCAUCUUCAGCCAGGACAUGCAACCAGUCUGAGAGGAGUCUAGGUACUGGUGCUGGGGAGGAGGCAAAGAAUGGAAGAAGCAGUCCUGGAGGCAGAAGUAGACAAAGACCCACAGACAUGUGGGAGCACCAGAGUCGGUCUGCUACACCAAACAAAAUUCCCUUCUCCCCUAUCACGCCUCCGCUGACCCCAAGCAAGAUGCCCCGCUUUACUUACCCAGCAGUCCCACCCAAGGCCAAACACGCCCAGCCCCUUAACCGGUCUCAGCCACAGCACCACCUACAGCACCACCCUUCCUCCUCCCCAUCCUGUCCAUCCCCACAGCCUUCCCCGACACCAAAGGCCUUCAGUUACAUCCAGGCUCAGGCAGGAGAUGUCAGCAGGACCCCACGAGUGCUUUCCAAGCCACUUCCUGGAGCUGUCCCUCUCCUGGGACCACCACCUGCACAUGCCCGAGCUGAUGCUGCCCAGAGAGGACCACAAAAGAAACGUUCUCAAAGCCUGACCCGCUAUGCUCUUUCUGAUGGUGAGCCAGAUGAUGAUGAUGACCUUGCUCCCACCUGUACCUCUGCUUCCUCUGCAAUCAUGCCAUCCUAUGCCACCCUGUCACGCAGGACGAGAUGUGGGCACACAGGUGCCACAGGGGCUCAGCGCCACAUUAACCGCAGCCACUCCUUCGCCGUGCGCUCCCGUCGCAAAGGUCCACCACCACCACCACCGAAGAGGAUGAGCUCAGUAAGUGGCAGUGCUGCACAUCAACUGGUAAACGGGAAAGUGGUGGAACCAGAGAUGACAGGAGGGGUGGAGACGGAGAGUGCAGGCAGCGUGAGGAGUAUUGCUGCCAGGUUAGAAGGUAGCAGCACCAGUCCAUCUCGGAGGAUAGAUAUACCACCAACCUACGUACCCGUUUCACCUGUUUUCAGCCCUGUUUCCUCCCAGAUCCCACACGGAUUUCCUACUCACAUCAUCAUACAGCACACCAAACCUGUCCCUGCUUUGGGUCUAGGGGGCCUAAGGAGAGUAGGAAGUGAGAGGACAGAUGGAGACUCUGACAGACAAACAUUUGAGGAGAAAGAGAAAGCAAGGAAAAAUGAAAGAAUGUCAAAGAGCACUACUGUUUCUCCAAACCACAGUUCUAGGGACCACAUACCUUUUGCUGAGGAAGGCAACCUCACUAUCAAACAGCGUCCCAGGAUAGCAGUUAUUACUCAGGCAGAUGCUAAAGUAAUUACUUCUUCAGAAGGUCCAGUCCAGACCCCAAACAAUCUGGAGAUCCCAGAGUUCAAUCUGAAAGAGUCUGACACUGUCAAACGACGCCACAAACCUAAAGAUAAAGAUGCAUCCACACCUGAAGAGGCCACCACCCCAAACAGAGAUGACAACCGGCUGCAAAUCAACAGCCUCUAUCCACAUAAUGAUGUCAGCACACUGGUUGAUGAGGAAGCGCAGAGGCCAGUGACUGUUUUCCAAAGAAUAGGCUCCAUGGGAAAAGGCCCAAAGCCUCCGGUGUCCUCUAAACCUUCCAGUCCUCUCAAGCAAAUCCCGAAGAGCGGACCAGCAACCCCUCAAAAAACUCUUUCUUCAGUCCAAGCUAGUGCCCAAACAGCCAUUCCUAAACUCACCAGUGUGCAGAUUCACACAGUCUCCCCAAAGAUUGGUGGCAGUAUACAAACCCACACAUGUAUACCCAGCCCUAAAUCUGUGAAACACCCACAGACAGCUAUGUUCAAGCCUGAAAGUCCACAGAAAGCUGCUGCAUUGACGCUCUCAAACUUCCCUCAGCAAAGUACAGCCUCUGCAUCACCAGCAGGAUUGAAUCACACAGUGGUUCAGAAUGUUGCCGUUGCUGCUCCGUCCGCUCAAGCACCGACCCAUUGCUACCCCAACUCCGCUCCAAUAUUUCAAGCAGGAAAAGCAGGGGUAUCCCCUGCUGGUGUUGCUGGUCUGGAGGUGUUGGCUCAGAAAAGACUGGAGCAAACUAGUACGUCACUGGAGGCCGCUCUCAAAGUGGUGGAAAACAAACUGGCAGAGGGGAGCACUGUGGACAGUGGCAGCAGCACAGUGAAGGCAGCAGGAAAUAUUCUGGAUGACAUCGGCAACAUGUUUGACGACCUGGCUGACCAGCUGGAUGCCAUGUUGGAGUGACUUUCCAAAUUCUCCACUAAAAAUUGGCAAAGUCCUUUUCUCAAGGGAACAACAGACAGAAAACUGAGACUCAGACGUCAGCAGAGGGUUAAGAUGAACCUUUGAUGUUGGGAAGAACAGAGCUCAGCACUUUCCCAGGACUCUGGAUGAAUCAGUAAGCACACAUUCGAGGAUUUUCCUGCACAUUUUUUCCUCAGUGUCCAGUUUUUCAACGCGAGCACUUCGCCUUAGGACACACACCUGGGAAUGUUGGAGCAACAACAAACAGCAGCUGCAAGAUCAGCUUCCAGGUGUCUGUUCAUUAUGUUAUCACGAAAGGGAAUGAGGGUCCAUUUUGUUCAUGUUACCUGUAAAUGUAUAGAUGAGUCUAUGGUGUCACUGUGUAUGUGUGUAGUCAGAUAUCUUUAUACUGAAUAUAUUGACUUAUUGACUAUAUUUAUACGACUAUAUGUUUUUUUUUGUUUGUUUUUUUUUUAACAGAUGGAGUUCAUAUUGACUGAAAAAAACAUAAAAACAUUUUACUGUAUAUAAACAUAUAUAUAUAGCUGCUUUCCGUAAAAUGCGGAAAAUACUGUUUUAUGUAUUAAAAGCAGCAUAUUCCAUAAGCAUGUACUACAUUUGAUUUGACAUGUUUUUGCAAUUUAUGUUUUUUGUCAGAUUUUUCAGAUGGCAAAUUGAGAGGUUUCACCAAUUCUAUACAGCACUGUUACUGUAAGUGAACUCACAGGUUUAUCAGGUGUGACUGCUGUGGACUGAAGGAGGUUUUUAGUUACAGUGUGCAGGAUUUCACAGCUCGUCUCAGGGUUCUAUAAAGUGAACUUAGUGUAAGCGCGCUGUGUCCAAAGAACAGGAGACGCUUUAAAGCAUUCCAACAGUGGCCAAAGCAUUUUAAGUGAGGUUCUGAAAGAAUAUAUUAAUGACUUCAAAGGGAGAUUUGUAACUAUGGAGGCUAGAGUAUGACAAAGCAUUUAAAUCAGCCUAUUAACUGAUGCAUUUUCAAAAAGUUAUUACAAACAGAUUGUUUAAAAAGUUGCAUCACAAGAAAAAUUUUUAUUUUUCAGUUCAUGUAUUUAUUUCUUUAUUGUAUUAUUCAUUUAAUUUUAAAUUGAAAUUGCAACAUACAUUUUUAAUAGGCUUUAAAAAUGAGCUUUUUGUUUCAUUCUUAGGUAAUGUUUUUCUUAUAUUUCCGUUUCACACUACAUUAUUUCAUGCCUCAGUGUUUACCAUUAACCAGUUUGUUGUUGUUUAAAUGUAGAGACGUCUAUUUACUUUAAAGGUGCACCAACACUGGUUUACCCAAACCUCAACGACAAACAGCAGGAGCUCUGAUCAGACAGAUUUCUGCAAACAUGCAGCAGAGAGAGUUGCUUUUUUGGUGAGAUUUAUUUAAGGGGGUGCUUAUUUGUCUUUAAAUGAAUGUUCACAAAAUGGACCUCUUGUUGUGUGUUAGAAUUAUAUUAUAAUUUCAUCACCUACAGACACAACAGAGAAAACAGAACUAUGAAUUGGAAAAUUAAAAAAUAUAAUUUUACCUUGAGUUUUAUGUCAGUGAAAUUAUUUUUGUUAUAUUCCAGAAUCCACAGGAGAGAAGGGACCUGUCUCACAAAUAAAUGUAUCAGCAGGAACCAUCCUAUCUCAUUAAAUAGGCUCCUCUGGAGAGGUUCAGGAUCGCUGGUGUCCGAUCUACUGAAGCCAUAUAUACCUAAUAUCAUCACUGUAAACCAUUUUACCUUUUACUCCUUUACCUUUCCCUGUCUUUUCUUUACCGUGCACCUUAUAGAGGGUUCUUUGUACCAAAAAGUUUUUUUUAAUUAUUAUUAUUAUUUUGUCCACUGUCUGGCAUUGACUCUGUGUCAUACAUUUACUGUGCAGUUAAAUGCUUGUUUCUGAACCUUCCUCUUUCAAUUCUAACCAUUUUAAAAAGCCAUCGCCUACAGAGGUCCUUAUUCCUGUCAUAUUUUGCACUUCCUGAUUGUAAAAUAGCAUUCAGUGUCUCUCCAUGGGAAAUUUGGGUAACAAAACCAGGGAAUUGGAAUGUUUUGGGUUGUUUUUUUUAAAGAUGCAAGGUAUUUUGACAUUAAAACAAAAAGUUUUGCACAGUUGGUUCCUCUGUUCUGUUUUCAUGAAUACCUGUUACUUUUAAAUAAUAUGUCCACCUCAAUUCUGUAUCAUCCUUGAAAUUAGUAAAGGAAAAUUUAUACUGAA